AUCGAGCAGGCAGAGGAGACACACGUCGUGCGCCAAGUUGAAGCGGUACAGACACUGUACCCGUCCUGCGAUGUCCUGAUUCAGCACCAGAGUGUAGCCGGAGGCGUCGCCAUCCGUACUGUCCCCCGAUUCGAGGGCAAGCUAAGCCGCAUCGUUGGGCUAGGGCUCCAAGGCUCCUUCACAUCGCAGGAUCUCUGCAAUCUCGAGUCAACUUACGCCGCAAUCGGUCUGUCUCCGGAAAUCCAUCUGUGCGAGUACGCAGACCCUUCCGCAGGGCAGAUUCUCACUCGUGCCAGGUAUUUCUCCAAGGGGAGGCUGAGUGUCUAUUGCAGGGACCUGGAGAAUUCAGAUGAACCGGUCGUCGCGCGGAAGGGUCACCCUAAGAGGAAGAAUAUCACGGUCAGGGAGGUGGCUUCGGAUGUCGAUCGCGAGCACUUCGUCGCCGUUUCCAUCGCGGGUUUCGCGGAUGGGGGACGCUCGGAGGAGCUGCUGGGCGCCUUAGCGAGGAUCGCGGCCCUGAGAGCUGAUACGAGACUCUACAUCGCGACGACGGACGCCGGAGAAGUGGUCGGCACCGCGGCAUUGGCCGUCCUGGGUACGCAUACAGCCGGCGAGAGCAUCGGGCAUUUGUACUUGGAUAGUACAGUGCCGCUGUCUCGCGGGAUGGGUGCCCAUGUGGCACUCAUACAGGCGCGUUUGAGGGCUGCCAGAGGCAUGGGGUUGAAGCUGGUGACGCUGAGUACGAGGGAAGGCAGUGGAAGCGCCAGAAAUGCAGAAAAGACCGGGUUUAGAGUGGCAUAUCGGAAGGAUGUAUAUGUCAAAGGUUGA